AAUAAAAUUUACAUCAUCUGAUUCAGAUUCAGAUUCAAAUCCAACCUUCAACAUUUCCCAUAAAAGAAAGAGGGUUAAUAAUGAAGUUAUAAAUGAAGAAAGUGAUAAAGAGAAUGAAAUAGUUAACAUUCCAAUUUUAAGGAAGGCUACCAAAGAAAAUUUUGUGGCACCAGUUUCAAAAAACGUGGUCAAUGUUCAAACUGAUUCAGUGCCGGGUACAUCAAAAGAAGAACUUCCAAAUACUGUUAAACCUGAAGAAGCUUCUAAAGAUGAAGCCUACAAAAGACAAGUACUAAGGAUGCUGUCGAUUCUGAAUUAUAAGAUGGACCAAAUGGCGGAAGAUUUAAAUAAUCUUAAGAUGCAUAAUAUUAUGGAAAAAGAGGUUCCCACAAUGGAAUCUUUAUUUGAAAAAUUUGAGUUGCCCUUAAAUUCAAUGGAAGAACUUCAUAAUUUAGAAAUUUAUUUAGAGAAUGAUGAAAAGAAAAAAGAAGUUGUGACAGAACUUUCAAGAUUUGGAGGAGCUAAUCCUAAAAUUAUGAUUAAAAGAAUUAUGGAAAAAGUUUUCUCUAACGAGUUGGCUGUGCAAUAUUCUUGGCUGGGAUUAAAAAAAAAGAAAGUUUUUCUAAUUUGAUUAUUUCCCAAAUAAUAAUAAAAUCAGUGAUGGCACUUCACACAAGCACUACAGCAUCUGAUGUUGAAAGUGCUAUUAAAAUGUGGUUGGUUAAAGCCAAACAAAGGAUUAAACAACAACAGCAAAAAUAAUAU